AUUAGUGAUGUUAAGGGUCACACAGAGAAGCAAUGGCCGAAUUACUAGCCUCCGAAGGACUGUCACCAGAUUGGUCACCGUGGAAUACCAAGUAGUGCUGCUGCAUAAAGGCAACACUGAGAGAUGAAGCCCCUUUCUCCAGCGUCUGUGUGGGUGGAGGGCCAGGGAUCCUGUCUGUUACGCACAUUGAACAAACUCAAGUUUUGCCAUCCACUGGGCGUCCUGCAGCACAGCGGUGUGGGCUCAUCUCCAGGACCUCUCCCUACGGGGUACGCCCCUCAUCUUGUGGGGAUCGGUGCUCCUUUCAGGCCUCUCAGUCCGGACUGAGUUGGGGACCCUGUCUGCGUCCCCGGGCCGGGCUCGCAGCCAAUGACUCCGCUCGGCCUAGGGAGGCGGCCGAGAGCCCAUCGGGCUCCUCCUUCUCUCCAGUCUCUAUGGCGGAAGUGAGUUGUCCCAGCCGAAAUACCACAGCGUUCUCGCUGGUGGGUUGAAUGGACUCGUCCACAUAAGGGGGAUCAUCAUCACCAUCAAAUCUUAAAAUCCAAGACAUAACCACGAAAAGAGCAGCCCCCAGAUACAGAGCAACACAUAACUAUUUGUGUGUGCUCCUGUGACUAGGCGGAUGAUGUGGGCGGCUAUACGCAUGCGAGGACCCGGCUAGCCGGGUACGUGCCCCCUCCGGGGCCACGGGAUCCGCCGGCCUCUUGUGGUUCAGCGCCGCGCGGAGGUUGACACGUACCUGCGGAGGUCGCACCUGGGCGUGAGGAGGAGGAGAAGGGCAUGAGCCGAGCUUGAGGAAUUCGUGCUCGAAACUCUACGCUCAAGGGUGGCCCUUGGGUAGGGUGAAGAUCCCUUGUCUUUAUCCUUGUUCCCCACCUUGGUGUGGGUUACUGGGUGCAGGAUGAACUGUCGCUCAGAGGUGCUGGAGGUGUCGGUGGAGGGGCGACAGGUGGAGGAAGCCAUGCUGGCUGUGCUGCACACGGUGCUCCUGCACCGCAGCACAGGCAAGUUCCACUACAAGAAGGAGGGCACCUACUCCAUUGGCACCGUGGGCACCCAGGAUGUUGACUGUGACUUCAUCGACUUCACUUACGUGCGCGUCUCUUCUGAGGAACUGGAUCGUGCCCUGCGCAAGGUUGUCGGGGAGUUCAAGGAUGCGCUGCGCAACUCUGGUGGUGAUGGGCUGGGGCAGAUGUCCUUGGAGUUCUACCAGAAGAAGAAGUCUCGCUGGCCUUUCUCAGACGAGUGCAUUCCAUGGGAAGUGUGGACGGUCAAGGUACAUGUGGUAGCCCUGGCCACGGAGCAGGAGCGGCAGAUCUGCCGGGAGAAGGUGGGUGAGAAACUCUGCGAGAAGAUCAUCAACAUCGUGGAGGUGAUGAAUCGGCAUGAGUACUUGCCCAAGAUGCCCACACAGUCGGAGGUGGAUAACGUGUUUGACACAGGCUUGCGGGACGUGCAGCCCUACCUCUACAAGAUCUCCUUCCAGAUCACUGAUGCCCUGGGCACCUCAGUCACCACCACUAUGCGCAGGCUCAUCAAAGACACCCUUGCCCUCUGAGCCUCGCUGGAUCCCUGGGAGCUCCUUGAUGGCUCCCAGACCUUGGCUUUCGGGGAUUGUACUAUUGGGCCUUUGGCUCUGCUGCCUGCUUGGGGUCGUUGGUGAGACUUGGAAGGGGCAGCCCCCGUUGGCUUCUUGGUUUUGUGGUUGCCAGCCUCUGGUCAUCCUUUUAAUCUUUGCUGACGGUUCAGUCCUGCCUGUACUGUCUCUCCAUAGCCCUGGUGUGGUCCCCCUUCUUUCUCCACUGUACAGAAGAGCCACCACUGGGAUGGGGAAUAAAGUUGAGAACGUGA